AUGAAACACCUUGUGAAAUUCUCCUUUGGAAAGCAUAGUACAAAACACAGAAUGAAGACAAUUAUGGUUCUGGGAGCAACAGGGUCAGGAAAGACGACCCUCAUCAAUGGGAUGAUCAACUACAUCUUGGGCGUGAAAUGGGAAGAUGACUUCAGAUACAAGUUAAUACAUGAAGAGACAGGAAAAUCCCAGGCUGAAAGUCAGACAUCCUCCAUCACUGCCUACGAACUCCACCAUCAGGUAGGAUUUAAAAUUGAUUACUCUCUGACUAUCAUCGAUACGCCAGGAUUUGGAGACACCAGGGGAAUAAGCCGAGAUCACUUGAUCACUGAGCACAUCCGAGAGUUUUUCACCUCUCCACAGGGUGUUGAUCAAAUUCAUGCUGUGUGUUUUGUUGUUCAAGCCUCUUUGGCUCGCCUGACUCACACACAAAAAUAUAUUUUUGAUUCAAUUCUUUCUGUUUUUGGCAAAGAUAUUGCAGAGAAUAUUCAGAUACUGGUGACAUUUGCAGAUGGAAAGCAUCCCACUGUUCUAGAGGCUUUGAAUGCAGCUGAGGUACCAUGUCCCAAAGAUAAAAAUGGUGUGCCAGUUCACUUCAAGUUUAACAAUUCUGUCAUGUUUGCCAAUUGUCCGGCUACUGGAAGUGCUGCAGAUAAGGGAUAAGG